AUGACCACGUGAUCAUAUCUGUCAUGGUGGACAGACAGACUCGAAGGAGGAACCGGGUAGAAACACCUGUUUGAUUUCAGACUUGCAAUACUACUGUAAAAUGUUAUAAUGUUUUAAUAUGGCGACAGGCACUAGGCCACACGAUAUGUUCCUUACGCGUGCAUUAGAGAAGAUACUUAGCGACAAGGAGAUUAAGAAGUCGUAUCAUUCACAGUUGAAGAAAGCUUGUGAGGUUGCCCUAGAGGAAUUAAAAGAUGAUAACAGUUCUAAUGGAAACCAGCCAUCUUCUGCAUUGCCACAACCCCAGAGGGCUGGAUUUGUUCAAGCGGACAAGUAUUUUCUGCCUUUUGAACUAGCUUGUCAGUCGAAAUGUGCCAGGAUAGUCAACAUAGCACUAGAUUGUUUACAGAAACUGAUUGCUUAUGGACACCUGACUGGGAACACUGAGGAUAGCACCACCCCCGGGAAGUUACUGAUAGACAGGAUUGUAGAGACCAUUUGUGGAUGUUUCCAUGGACCACAAACAGAUGAUGGGGUCCAGCUACAAAUUAUAAAGGCGCUGUUGACAGUGGUGACCUCCAACACCUGUGAGAUUCACGAGGGCACGGUGCUGCAGACCGUCAGGACAUGCUACAACAUCUACCUGGCCAGCAGGAACCUGGUCAACCAGACCACAGCCAAGGCCACCCUCACCCAGAUGCUCAACGUCAUCUUCUCAAGGAUGGAGGUCCAAGCCGCCCAGGAGACAAAAGAAAGAGAACGAAGUGAUAGCAAGAGCUCAAGAAAAGAGGAUGCAGGAAUUGAUGUUGAAGAAGAGAGACAAGAUGGGCCAGGUCAGGGGGCAACUCAAGAAAAUGAUAAAACAAACCAAGAGGAGUCAGAGGAAGUUGAGAAGGAAGUAUCAACAUUAGAGGUUGUACAAGAAGUUUUGGAGGACAUGAUAAGUCAGGUGACUGGAGAGGCCAUGCCCACCAAAGACCAAAAUGCAGUCGCGGAAACUGGUUCUCCAGCAGAAACUAGUUCUCCAACGGAAACUAGUUCUCCAGCAGAAACUAGUGCCCAGGCAGAUAGUCCUCAGCAACCCCCACCUUCAAAUGUAUCCGAUAACCAUGACAAUCUUUGUGUAUCUGGAGGUGGAGAGGACGGGGAAAUGACACAAGGCGUGUUCAGCCACAUACUGCAAAAAGAUGCUUUUCUGGUGUUCAGAAGCCUGUGUAAACUCUCCAUGAAACCUUUGGCUGAUGGACCACCAGAUCCAAAGUCACACGAACUUAGAUCCAAAGUUCUGUCCCUGCAGCUCCUGUUAUCCAUUCUACAAAAUGCUGGCCCAGUUUUCAAAACCAAUGAUAUGUUUAUAAAUGCCAUCAAACAAUAUUUAUGUGUAGCUCUAUCUAAAAAUGGAGUCAGUUCUGUUCCGGAGGUGUUUGAACUUUCGCUUGCCAUCUUUCUCACUCUUUUAUCCAACUUCAAACAACAUUUAAAGAUGCAAAUUGAGGUGUUCUUCAAAGAAAUAUUUUUGUACAUCUUGGAAACACCAAGCAGUUCAUUUGAACACAAGUGGAUGGUCAUUCAGGCACUGACAAGGAUUUGUGCAGAUGCACAGUGUGUAGUGGACAUCUACCUGAAUUAUGACUGCGAUUUGGCCCUGGCCAAUAUCUUUGAGAGAUUAGUUAAUGACUUGUCCAAAAUUGCCCAAGGAAGGCAGGCUUUAGCUCUUGGUGCUACUCCAAUCCAAGAAAAGAGCAUAAGAAUCAAAGGCCUGGAAUGCCUGGUGUCUGUGUUGAAGUGUAUGGUGGAGUGGAGCAAGGAUCUGUAUAUCAAUCCCCACUCCCAGUCAAACCUGGGCCAGGAAAAAAUGCCCACAAGGGAGACGGAUAGUGAUUCAGGGAAAGGAACAAUGACCAGCUAUGGCAGUGUAAACUCCCUGAACACCAACGAUGGCUCCCAGACAGCCAGCACACCCAUGGAUAAUCCGGAACAGUUCGAGACCCAGAAACAGCAGAAAGAGAUCAUGGAGACCGGCAUUGAAAUGUUCAACAAAAAACCAAAAAGAGGCCUGCAAUAUUUACAGGAGCAAGGCAUGCUGGGAACUUCUCCCGAUGAUUUAGCAGAGUUCUUCCAUUCAGAGGAUCGCCUAGAUAAGACUGCCAUUGGAGAUUUUCUGGGAGAAAAUGAAAAGUUUAACAAAGAAGUUAUGUAUGCCUAUGUGGACCAGCUGGACUUUACAGAAAUGGACUUUGUGUCUGCCCUUCGGAGAUUUCUGGAAGGAUUUAGGCUGCCAGGAGAAGCCCAGAAAAUUGAUAGAUUGAUGGAAAAGUUUGCUUCUCGCUACUGUGUGUGCAACUCAAACACUAACCUGUUUGCGAGUGCAGACACAGCCUACGUGUUGGCUUACUCCAUCAUCAUGUUGACCACAGACCUCCACAGUCCUCAGGUGGUGAACAAGAUGACAAAGGAGCAAUAUAUUAAGAUGAAUAGGGGCAUUAAUGAUAGCAAGGACCUGCCAGGGGAAUACUUGUCUGCUAUCUAUGAUGAGAUUGCAGGGAACGAAAUCAAGAUGAAGGUUGUAGGCGGAGUAAAGCCAAAUAAAUCAUCUCGUGAUAUCACAAGUGACAAGCAGCGUCGAUUGCUAUACAACGUUGAAAUGGAGCACAUGGCAACCACCGCCAAAGCUUUAAUGGAGAGUGUCAGUCACGUCCAAUCAAACUUCACCAGUGCCACCCACUUUGAGCAUGUCCGACCAAUGUUUAAGACGGCUUGGACUCCAUUCCUGGCAGCUUUCAGCGUGGGGUUACAGGACUGUGAUGAUUCUAACAUAGCCACACUGUGUCUGGAUGGAAUACGCUGUGCCAUACGAAUAGCUUGUAUAUUUCAUAUGGAGCUGGAGAGAGAUGCCUAUGUCCAGGCAUUAGCUAGAUUCACCCUCCUCACAGCUUCCUCUUCAUUGACGGACAUGAAAACCAAGAACAUAGAUACAAUCAAAACCCUCAUCUCUGUGGCCCACACAGACGGCAACUAUCUCGGCAAAUCCUGGCUAGAGAUUGCAAGAUGCAUUUCACAGCUGGAACUGGCUCAAUUAAUUGGGACAGGGGUCAAACCUAGGUCAAAUAAAGGUCACCAUAGGGAAAGAGAUAUGCAGAAUGCAGGGCAUCCUCUGGAGGCUUUUGAUCCUGAAGUGAUAGCAAGAGGUGGUCUGGACUCUAAGAGACUAGCCAACCUACAGGAACAGAUGGGAGAGACCAGCUCCCAGAGUGUGGUGGUGGCAGUGGACCGCAUCUUCACCGGCUCCCUCAAACUGGAUGGGGACGCCAUAGUUGAGUUUGUAAAGGCCCUGUGUCAGGUUUCAAUGGACGAGUUAUCCAAUAUAAAUCACCCCCGCAUGUUCAGCCUGACCAAGAUUGUGGAGAUCUCCUACUACAACAUGGGUCGUAUCAGGCUGCAGUGGUCCAGAAUCUGGCAGGUCAUUGGAGACCACUUUAACAAGGUUGGGUGUAAUCCUAAUGAGGAUAUAGCUUUCUUUGCCGUGGAUUCCCUACGGCAGCUCUCCAUGAAAUUCAUAGAAAAAGGAGAGUUCGCCAACUUCCGUUUCCAGAAAGAUUUCCUCAGGCCUUUUGAACAUAUCAUGAAAAGAAACAGAUCUCCAACCAUCAGAGACAUGGUUGUCCGAUGUGUAGCUCAGAUGGUGAAUUCCCAACACGCCAACAUUCGGUCUGGGUGGAAAAAUAUCUUUGGUGUUUUCCACUUAGCAGCUUCUGAUCACGAAGAAAGCAUUGUAGAACUGGCAUUCCAGACCACCGGCAGAAUUAUAUUUGCCAGCAGUGCUGUUGUCAAAGGAUCUGAUGCAGACGCUGUCUGUGAAGCCAGCAUAUGUGAAAAACAUUUUGCGUCCAUCAUUGAUUCAUUCCAAGAUGCGGUGAAGUGUCUGUCUGAAUUUGCUUGCAAUGCAGCUUUUCCUGAUACUAGUAUGGAGGCAAUUCGGCUGAUCAGAAACUGUGCUAAAUAUGUCGCUGAAAAGCCCCAUAUGUUCAAAGAUCACGGAGGAGAGGAUCUAAAUGUUCCAGAGGAGGACAGAGUGUGGGUGAGGGGGUGGUUCCCCGUGCUGUUUGAACUGUCCUGUGUCAUCAACAGGUGUAAGCUGGACGUCAGAACCAGGGGUCUUACUGUCAUGUUUGAAAUCAUGAAGACAUAUGGUGAGACCUUUGCCAGUCACUGGUGGAAGGAUUUGUUCCAGAUUGUAUUCCGUAUCUUUGACAACAUGAAGUUACCAGAGCAACAGAAUGAGCAUUUUAAAAGCAAGAAGGCCGAGUGGAUGACGACCACGUGUAACCACGCGCUGUAUGCCAUCGUGGAUGUCUUCACCCAGUACUACGAGAUCCUGAGCCCUGUGCUGCUCACUGAACUGUACAAUCAGCUCCACUGGUGCGUGAAGCAGGACAACGAGCAGCUGGCCCGCUCCGGGACCAACUGUCUGGAGAACCUGGUCAUCUCUAACGGAGCAAAGUUCUCGUCUUCUGUCUGGCACCAGACUUGUUCCUGCAUGCUGGAUAUAUUUAGGUCUACAAUCCCAACUAAUUUGUUGACAUGGCGACCAGAUACAGCUGAAUCUGCCUCAAUGGUGUCUAGUCGAGACUCAGAACCAGAUGCUGAUGAAAGUCAGGACGCUGUCUCUAUGGACAGCAAUCAGGACAAUCGUGCUUUAACAAGGGCGGACAGUAACCAUAGCGUCAACAGCACAGUAUCCCAGGAUUCCAGAGAUCACAAAAUUCCACGCUCUAAGGUGUCGACGGAUCAGAAGCUUUUCCAGGGCCUGCUGAUCAAGUGUGUGGUACAGCUAGAGCUGAUCCAGACCAUUGAUGACAUCGUCUUCUUCCCGGCCACCAGCAAAAAAGAGGACGCUGAAAAUCUGGCUGCAGCUCAGGGUGGCUCUCCGGACGACGGUCAGGAUGGGAGCCAGCAGAGGGAGGACCAGGGCAUGUACCAGUUUCUGGCCUCGGACCAGCUCUUCCUGCUUGCCGACUGCCUCCUGGAAUCCCACAAGUUUGCCAAGGCUUUCAAUUCCAACCAUGAACAAAGAAACAUUCUCUGGAAAGCAGGUUUUCGGGGAAAAGCCAAACCAAAUCUUCUGAAGCAAGAGACCCAGAGCUUGGCUUGUUUGUUACGGAUUCUGUUCAGGAUGUACAAUGACGAGUCGCGGAUGGAUGCUUGGAAAGAUGUGGAGAAUAUGCAAAUCACUGUUUGCCGGGAUUCCUUGGAGUACUUCCUGUCCCUACAGUCAGACAGCCACCGUGAGGCGUGGGGGAGUCUGAUGAUCCUCCUCAUCACCCGCCUCCUCAAGCUCCCGGAUGAUAGGUUCAAAGUUCAUGUGGCAGCUUACUACCAGCUAAUGUGUGAGGUCAUCAUGUUUGAUCUGAAGCUUGAAAUGAGAUCCACAUUACGCAAGUUCUUCAGCCGGGCCGGCCUAGUGUGUCACAUAUCCAACAGUUAGCAUUCAGACCUUGUUUCCAUUACCCAGGGCCUUCACACAAGCCCACUGUUCUUUCACUGUAAUACUUAUAUAUUGACGUGUUCAGCACUUAAAGUGCUCUCUCUUUUAAAAAGUGCAUUCAAAAUUUUUUAUAGCAUUCACAACUUCAGAAAAUUGUAUAUAUGUAUUGAAGAUUAAUCCCAGUAUAUAUCAGUUUUUAGAACCAAGUAAAAAUCUGAUGAUUCUUUUAUUCCAUAAGGACAUGUAUGAUUUUGUGGAGUGAUUUUAAAGAAUAUACAUACAUUGUACAUGUAAAUCAUAGCAAGAGUCAAUUUUAAA